UCGUCAACAUCGAAACUUUGCUCCUGUGCUGACCCGGCGUCGCAUAUACCAAACGAAAUACAACACCUAUCGAUACCAGAUUUACUCUUAUACCUGGCCUGCCCCAGCUGAAACGCUGUCCCGGCUAUUGGGGACUGGCAUCUAAUCAACGUAAUCAGGCCAUCUAUCGCUCGAGAUGGAGGCGUUCAAUAACCAGACGAGCCACCCGGCAGAACCCGCCACCACCGAAUCCGGUUUAAGGUCACCCCGCUGGAGAAGGUCCGAAGACCAGCAGACAUUGUCCUUUUCCGAUGUGGACAGGAUAAAUGGAAGAGACGAGACCAUGAAACUUCCAUGGUAUCAGAGAUGGUGGAAAGCGAUCACUGGUUCACUCAACUUCUAUCGAAUUCAUCUCUUGACCUUCACAUUCCUCCCUUUAAUCUCGGCAGGCAUCUUCCACGCCUGCAAUACCCAGUUCGAACAUGCCUAUAUCGACGCCCUCUUCGUCUGCGUCUCCAGUAUGACGGUUACCGGUCUCUCGACUCUCAAUCUGAGCACCCUAAGUGGAUUUCAACAGGCCAUCGUCUUCAUGAACAUGUUCAUCGGCAGCCCGAUCUUUGUCAGCUUGAUCAUGAUCUCGGUCAGGAAAUACUUUUUCCAGAAAGAGUUCGACCAUAUCAUCGAAGCUAGACGAAAGGCGGCGAGAGAGGCGGAAGCUGGUGGUCUCAGGUCGCCCUUGAGGAAGUUGCGGAGCAUGUCGCAGAACUUUACUGGACAAGGUCGACCGAACAUCCAGCAGACUUCCUGGAUUGAGCGGUUCAAGCGAAAGACCGGUCGGGAUAAGAAGAAACGAAGCGAUUCUCCCAUGAAGGACGGGGAGGUCGCUCCCUCUGAGGAUUCGUCUCAUAUGGAGACUCGUGAUACCUGGAAGAAGGACAUCUCUCAAGGAGGCAUCUUCACGGCCAACCCGACUUACGCUACCGACAAGAACCCCAACGGAGAUAUCCCAGUCGAGAAGCCCGCAACGCAAAGGCCUAAUAUGGAGCGCCAGCCUACCAAUUGGGGCUGGCAUUGGGGCAAGCAGGAGACCCAGCACAAGCCCCGUAUAAACGCCGAUAUGAUCAAGCGGGUCGAAGGAGGGGGACUUGGGUUGAUCAACCCUAUGGGAUGGUAUCAGUCUUCCUCAGCCCCUGGAUCUACCGCUGCUUUCGGGUCUUUCGCUCCAACACCGACAACGAGUUCGGGGCCAGGGAUCCUUGACAAUCCUCUUACGAACUCCGCACCAGCAGAUCAUGACAACGAUAUGCCGCCGCUCACCGAGAGUCCCAGGAGUAUGAACGCACGUCUGCCGGAUGUGGAGAGAACCCGGACUCGGUCUCCCGAACCCGAUCUCCCGCGGCGAGAGUCAGAGCCUCCGAUACACGUCCAUCCUCAGCUUCCGCCCGAGGAUAAAUUCCCUCGUACCAAAACGAUCGCUUUCGAUGGGAUUGACGAUCCUCCACGAACCGCAUAUGCCAGUGGGCGAGAUACUGCAGGGAUGUACACGCAUACUCCUGGACACGGAUAUAUGCCUCGAACCGGGACCAUCAGGAGUGCGGGAAACCCGGGGUUAAUCGGAAACGGUGCUGGUGCUGGUGCUGGUGGAUAUGGCUUGGACCGAACCAUGACAGGUCGGAGAUCCGUUGCGGGCUCGCGGUCGAUACCUCUGGCGCCGACCAUGAAUACGGGAUACAUGCCUCGCACGUUCACGGUGAAUCAAGCCGCUAAGAAUCAAAACUUCGGUGGUUUUCCCACCCCGCUGGCCUUGGGGAAGGCACUUUUCGUCAAGGUCUUUCCUGAUACUGGAGAGAAGUUGAAACGCAACCUCACCAUGCACCGGACAAUAACACAAGCUGGGACUAUGACCCAGACAGCGGAUGGAGUUAGCGAAGUCAGGCCGGUCGACUAUAUUUCUUUCGAUGCCAUCGUCGGCAGGAACAGUCACUUUCAUGACUUGACGAAAGAAGAACACGAUGAAUUGGGCGGAGUCGAGUAUCGCUCGUUGCGGAUCUUGUUCUGGCUCGUGUUGGCCUACUACAUCCUAUGUCCGCUGAUAGGGUUCAUCAUCGUCGGGCCGUAUAUUCGAGCCGGCUGGGAUUACACUUUGCGAAGCGAUGUUCAAUACCGAUACGUUCCGCCUCUCUGGUUCAGCGCUUUCCAGAUGUGGUCGGCUUUCAGCAACACUGGAAUGUCGUUGAACGAUCUGUCGAUGAUCCCCUAUCAAAAGGCGUAUCCUAUGAUCUUCGUCAUGGUGUUCUUAAUUUUUGCCGGCAACACUGCUUUCCCUAUCUUUUUGCGCUUCACCAUUUGGGUGAUUUCCAAACUGGUACCCAAGACAUCUCGGACAUAUGAAACUCUCAAGUUUCUGCUGGACCAUCCCAGACGAUGCUUCGUUUAUCUCUUCCCUUCCACGCAGACUUGGUUUCUAUUCCUGGUCAUGGUGACGUUGACCUCGACAGAUUUCGUCUCGUUCAUGGUAUUGGAUAUUGGGACACCUGAUAUCGAAGAUCUACCCGCUGGUAUUCGCGUGGUAGCUGGUAUCUUCCAGUCGACAGCUGUCCGUGCAGCCGGUUUUGGUAUUGUCCCUCUGAACAGCCUUGCACCCGCUGUGAAGGUACUGUAUGUUAUCAUGCAAUAUAUUUCAGUAUACCCCAUCGCCAUGAGUAUCCGUGCGACCAACGUAUACGAAGAGAGGUCUCUGGGUCUUUGGAACGAAGAAGAAGAAGGGGAUGAACCCCAGUAUCAGGGCCACCAAGCUGUGGCCAAGUAUCUUGGAUGGCAUGCCCGACGUCAAUUAGCUUUCGACAUCUGGUGGCUAGCCUUCGCCUUAUGGCUAAUUUGCAUCAUCGAGCGUGGCAAUCUGAACAAUCCGGACAACGCGAACUGGUUCAACAUUUUCAACGUGGUUUUCGAGAUUGUAUCGGCCUAUGGAACUGUCGGGCUGAGUCUGGGGGUUGGAUUCGACAACUUCUCCCUUGCCGGCUCGUUCUCGGUCCUUUCUAAGCUAGUCAUCAUAGCGGUCAUGAUUCGAGGCAGACAUCGAGGACUACCUGUAGCUAUUGAUCGAGCUAUUAUGCUUCCGAAAGACUUUACACAAACGGAGAACAUUUACGAAGACGAGACUGACCGGCUGGAGAGACGUCCCACUCGGCGGGGAAGUAUGGCAUCAAACCCUGCAACAGGCAUUUCAAUGACAUCCAAUCUACGUCGAGAAUCCAAUCUUUCUGGAGAGCAGUCCGCUCAUCACAGGUCAGCCAGCGGAGGCGAGAAUGUUGCUCUACCAGAACCACAUUCUCCCAAGGUGGCACGGCGUACUUCAGUACGGUCUAAUGGUAGUCAACCUGAAAGCCGUCCAGACCGGUCGCCAGAAAGGGCACGAGCGUUUUCAUUGGGCCGGCUUACGUUCGAGACCGGCGGACUUCCGCGAAGUCUAAGCACUGUACAGGAGUCUGGGCUGAGUCGCGCUCCCACCAGGAGGGAUACCGAGGAAAUGGGCAGUACACCCAGCCCUAACAUAUAAUACUCACAUCGCAAUCAUGUAGAAGUGCAGUCAUUACAUCCGUUGUACAC